GGCACUUCAUCGUGUGUUCUUAAUACCUCUGUGCUUAUCGAGUCGUGGGUCAUUGUGUGGGUGUUUGCUGUUACUCGAUCGAACAAAGAGACACAAAGCUCACCACCCUUUUGUCUGAGGUUUGUCUUUGUACUCAAUCGAAGAGCUUGAGCACUUUCUUUGCUGGCCUUGUAUCUUGAAAGCCACUUCAAUGACUUCGAGCCGCUCGAGUCCAUUGUGAUACGAAGGCAGUCCAAUGGAGGUCGACAGCUGGGAGAAGGUAUAAGUACCCUUCCCUCGACGUCCAAUCUCUGAGUUUCCCUUCUCCAUCAAACGCUUUCAGAACGACCAAGCACCAACAGCUUGUACUCGUUUGAUCACACUAUCAAUCAAAUACCCAACAAUCCGCAAGGUAAGUACAACAACCCCAUCCAACUUUCUAACAGUCACUAGUCAAGAUGUGUAUCACCGGAGUUCUCAAGUGGUACUGUCCCGGCUGCAGCAAGACUAUGAAGACGGAGACCAAAGACCGCAUCUGCGACGACAAGCAUUGCCCCUAUAAGACCAAGUCAUAUCGAGGUCCCUUGCCCACAGCUGACGGCCAAGCCGCCAACCCAGAAUCAUGCAAAGACUGUGCCGAGCCCAAGAGUGGAGUUCAUUCUGAACGUCGUUCUCGGGCCGGUUCCGUACAUGGUAGUGGUUCCACUCACGGUUCUGCUCACGGUAGUGGUCGUGAUUCACGAAUCUCUGAUUCAAGCCGCAUCCACACCAUCAACUCAGACUAUCAGCACUUCCCAAGCACUUUCACCUCUCAGCGUUCUGAGCGUCCUGAAGGAAGUCGCGGUGCCAGUGGAAAGUCGCAGCAACAGCAACAACAGUCCCGUCGUGGCGGUAGCGGUGCUGGUGGUGAAUCCUCUCGAACUCGUGAGUACGUUCCAACGUCCAGCUAUGCUGACAUUCACCUCAAGGUUCCGAUCGGUGGUGAUCGCCGUUAUGGUGGGUCAGCCUCCAGCCCUCAAUCCCAUUCUCGCCCCAAUACCAGCUCUGCCCGUCGCUCAGGUCAAGAUGACAAUGAACCUCGACAUGGUGAGACUCGCGAAGAUUGGUAUAAGCGUGUCACUGGCGAUGCUAGUGGCUACCGUGCUUAUGCUGAGCAUACUAUGCGCAGUCAGGUCAGCAGCAGCGGCACCUAUCGGAGUCGCGAGUAUGUCAGUGAACGUUCUUCAGCGGCAACUGUGACUCCUCGCAGUCAUCCUGAGGAUAUGCCUCCUGCUUACUCUUCUCGCGGAAAUGGCUCUGCUCAUGGUGGUUGUGCCCAGGUGGUUUCUGCUCGACAUGGUGAACUUGCCUAUGGUGGUUCUGGUCGCGGUGGUUCUGCUCAUGGCUCUGCUCGUGGUGAGUCUCGACAAGUUGCCACUGUUCGACGCGACUAUGCUUCCCCAGCUGGUGCACCCCCAAGCUACUCUCAGAUCUACCCUGAAGAUAGUAUUAGCUCCGUUGGUUCCAGAUCCGUUGGCGCCAGCUCCCAUGUUCCCAGCUCUGUUGGCAGCAUGUCUUCAUUUGCUGGCUCGUCUACCAGUACUGCUUCCACCGCUCGUCCCAGUAAAGGCAUCCAGAUUGUCAUCAACAACUGCUUUUGAACAAACAAUAUGUUGU